ACACCGCGCCUGCGCAGAAGCGCCUCUGCGCGCUCCCUCCCAGUGGGCUGUGCUGUCCCCUUCCGGGCCUCAGGCCCUGCGUGUGGCGUCACCGAACGCGGGGCGCCUGGUUGUGACGUCACAGAGCGCGAGGCCCCCAGCCCCUCUCCUGGCCUCCGCUCCAGCCAGUCUUCCCACCGUGAGUCGGGGCGUGGCGAUGAACGGCGGCCGCGAGUCUAAGCAGGCGGUCCGCGGACAAAGUGAGCGGGCCCAGGUGCGAUGGCAGACUGGCCCCUGGUUCCAGCCUACGCCCCUUGCCGGCCGGGGCGGCUCCAGCGCCACCUCCUGAGCGGCGAGUUCGACCAGCUGCGUGACCUCCCCAUCUUUGAGAGCAACUUCGUGCAGGUGACCCGGUUUGGAGAAGUAGCCAACAAGGUCACCAUGGGGGUAGCAGCCUCUAGUCCAGCCCUGGAGCUGCCAGACCUGCUUCUCUUGGCCGGCCCUGACAAGGAAAAUGGACACCUGCAGCUCCUUGGGCUGUUCCCCUUGCAGUUCGUGCAGCUCUUCGUGCGCGAUGUGAGCCGCCAGCAGCUCAAGGUCAAGUUCCAUACAGGCCGGGCCUUCUACCUACAGCUGCGUGCACCCGCUGACACCCGAGACCGUGAGUUUGGGCGCUGGGUGCGGCUGCUCUACCGCCUGCGUUUCCACUCGCCAGCCUGUGCAGUGCCCUUCACCCAUGAGGACGCUGCCCCCGAAGAGGAGGAGGAAGAGGAGGAGGAGGGCAGCCAGGACCUCCAGCUGCGGCCCCAGGAGCUUCAGUCCAUGGAGGUCAAACUUGACCCACAGAUCUCUGAACUCUGGGGACUCUGACUCGGGCAGUGUUCCAACUCACCAAAGGACUAGAGAUAAAAAACAGCUCAGCUUAGAGCCAAGAGAGAUGAAUUUUUUAAGUUAAUAAAGAUCAGGCUCUUAAGAACAAA